AUGGCUCCCAUCGAACGAAUCACUCUCUUCAACAUCCCCGACGAAGCUGCCCGGGACCGCGUUCUCGAGCAAUACAAGAUCCUCGCAAAGACCGCUGUCAAGGACGGAAAACCAUACAUCCUCGCCGCAGCAGCAGGCCCGUCUUUCCCGGACCCACGCAACAAGGGAUUCAAUCUCUCCGUGAAGACGACGUUUGCUUCCAUGGAGGACAUGAAGUACUAUGAUACGGAAUGUGAAGCGCACAAGGCACUGAAGGCGAUCGCGGGACCCGCAAAACAGGAUGUCCUGACAACCUUCUUUGAGAGUGUGCUUUGA